ACACAGUGUGCGGGUGUAGAAUAGUCGUUCUUCUAGCAAUGAUCUGGUUCUACCGAACGCUAAAGCUUACUUGACUAAGUGGAAGAACCAAGAUAGAAUGAUGAGGAAGAGCUACAGCUGGGGCUGAACGGCUGAUAUAUCUUUCAUUAUGACCGAUAAUGGCAGCCUAUUGCCACAGCUGCUUCGCUGCAUCGAGCAGGAUGACAGCCUGGCGCUACGCACGCUACGGCAGAGCGAGACGUCCACGCUCCUGUGCUUUGCCCUGAACGAAAAGCGCCGAGACGGCAUCACUGCCUUGCAUCUUGCGGCACUCAAAGGCCGUCAUGAGUGCAUGGAGGAGCUGUUGGAGAUGAAGGCAGAUGUGGACAUUCGUGCAAGGCGUGCUGCAUUCCGCGAGACACCACUGCACAUGGCAGCAUCGAAUGGAUUCACAAGAUGUGUUGAACUGUUGCUGCGUCACGGUGCGGACAUCAAUGCACGCAGCAUAACAGAUGCGACUCCACAGAGUCUUGCUGUGUAUCAUCGCCAACCAGAGUGUGCCGAGAUUCUUGACAAAGCUAGAGAGCGACAGCUAGAGAAGGAACGGCAAAACAAAAUGCAAGAAACUGCCUUUUUUGCUGCCUGUUGCAGUGGAGAUGUACCUGUUCUGGAGGAGCUGUUGGAAGAGAGUACCUCGUUUAUGGAGUGCAAAGAUGCAGAUGGCUAUACUCCAAUGCAGAGGGCAUGUGCUAGUUCCAAGCAUGGCGUUGUGGAGUUUCUAAUCCGCAAGGGAACCUGCGUAAAGUGUCUGCACGAGUCGAGUGGCGAUAACUUGCUGCAUGUGAUUGCGAGAACCAGGCAGUAUGCAGCCGGUGCUGCCAUCGCUCGUCGCCUGCUCGAGGCCGAUCCAAGCCUGGCAGCUAUGCAGAACAAAGACUUGGCACUUCCACUUCACAUUGCUUGCGAGCAGGGCAACCUUGCAUUGACAACCGUUCUGCUGCGAUUCCAGGAGCAAGUUAUGGAGUUGAUCAAGAGCUGCUACUGUCCCCAACUGGGCUCUGAUUGCGGUGAAGACGGGUUUUCUUUCGAGUAUCUUAAACAUACAGUGGAUUUCUGGCUGAAGAAGGAUAAUGCUGAUGUGGACGAGAUCACCCAAGUGCAUGAUAUCAACGGCACACUAAAUUGGCAGACACAAUUCUGUCCGAUGAGAUUCCCCAAGCAGGACAGUGGAGAGGCAGUGGACGCAGCCUGUAGCGGUCAUGGUCUAAUGUUCCCUGUCAACAGCUGUCGCAACUCGGAUGGCAACACUCCAGUGCACUUAGCUGUGAUCAAAGGCAACCACUACAUCGUGAGGCAGCUUCUCCUGUACGGCGGGUUUGAGAGUGAUGACGGCAAUCAGCCACUGUCGCCCCGGGCCAUGUCACCAACCAGUACUGCGCCCAGGCUCCUGGCCAACAACAGGCUAUUUGACGGGCAAUAUGCAUGCGUGAGCCUGAUCGUGGAGAAUGCGCGCGGCUACCAGCCACUGCAUGAAGCUAUCGUCCAUGGUCAUGCGAAGCUCAUGUACAUAUUAGGUGCUGAAGAGGAGGAGAAUCUCUUCAGAUCAAACUCCACGAAGUUCCGUGUCGAGCACCACGAGUUAAACCGUCAAAUGACCCUAUUGGACUUGGCUGUUGCCACGAAGCAUUUAGAUGUGCUCGGUCUGCUUCUGGUGCACUAUGAUGCUGCAGAAUUCAUGAGCGACGGCCUUCAACUUGCCGGUGACUUGGAGUUCACACAAGGUGCAUCCUUGUUGCUAGCCAAAAUGGUUCACGACUCCUGUGCCAAGUUCUUUCGCGAGCAGAUUUCUCGGGACGGACUGAGCAAUAGCAAUGUGGAGAACUUGAAUGUUGGUCAGAUUAUCUGGGAGAAGAUUGGCUUGAAGGCACUGGAUACAAACUACCUGCAGCUGGCCUCCUGGGUGGUUUCUCGUUUCAUCAAAACAGCACAAGGGUUCCUAGCGGGUGUACAAGAGAUGACGACACUGCCCAACCAGAACGCACUGGAUACGAUGCUGGAGACGGUGUUUGAACGCAGCAGCUCGUGUGCCUUGACGUCGUUCAGAAUGGCGCUCAUCUCUCCACCAGCACUGACGUCCAACCUCAUCACCGUUCUCAACCUAUCUCAGAACCAGCUCACCCAAGUGCCGCUGACGAUCUUCCAGCUGCCUCAGUUAAAGAUUCUCAUCCUCUCCGACAACAAGCUGACCUGGCUACCGGUACCGUCAGGAGACAGUAUUCACUACAGCCAAGAUGAAGACAUGCAAGAUCUGGCGCCGGCAUCUGUCAUCAAUUUUGCACUGACGCCCGCAGAGGACCAAUACAACUGCCCUCAGCUGGCUCAGAUUGAAGUACAGAACAAUAUGCUAACAGACAUUCCGGGUGCUCUAUUCACCUUGGAAGGACUGGAGGUACUGGACGUGUCUAAUAAUGAACUCACAAGCCUUCCGUUUGAGAUAUGGACGGCGGAAAAGCUGCGUACAUUGCGAGCAAAUGGCAACGGUAUCACUUCCUUGCCGACGGAUCCUGAGCCACACAUGCAGCCAAUUGAGGAGUCGAAUGGUUCUCAGUCUCACGGCUUAUCGGCCAGCAGGCAAAUGUCUCGGCAAGGUUUUGCGCGGAUCUCUUCAUUCCUUGCCAAGCACUCGUCUCGGACAACAACGACUGGAGUGUACCGUCAACGGCGCAGUCGCAACGGAAUCCCAGUCUCACUACCGGAAGAUGCUGAGAUUAACUAUCCACUGAAGAAGCUGUUCCUUGUGCAGAACAGGCUGAAGAGCCUACCCAAUAACCUGCAUUGUCUUGCUCCCAAUAUUGAGGAGCUCGAUGUCAGCAAUAACCAGUUGGAAAUGCUCAACAUCCUUUCGCUGCCUUCUAAUAUCCUUGUGUUCCGAGCCAAUCACAAUCGGCUCAAUCUGAUUACCAGUGAUCACAUUACAGGACCGUGCGCAUGGCCGUUGCUGGAAAUGAAUGGCUCAGGCAGUGCCACAAACACCGGCGUUGACCAGGUGAACUCGCGUCCGGUCAACUGUAAGCACUUCAUUGGCUUCCUGCCGCGGCUUAGCACACUGCGCCUGUCAGAGAACCAGCUGGACAACCUUCACGUGAUGGUGACAUAUGAUCCAAACACUGGCCGUGGCUUGUCUGAAGGUGGCGAUGACGAUGAAGAUGCUGGCACCACCGAUGGCGGCGGUGGCGGCAAUUCGAUGAUGUCUCCGGCAACAACAGGGAACAGCAACUCAUCAGGCUACAAAUCAGCGGCCUCGGCGCUGAGUGGCAUUCCUGCUGGUCAUGCUCUUCUCAUGCCGUCUCUGACAUUCCUGUACAUUGAUCGCAAUGAAUUCACGCAGGUGCCGGAAGGUCUUCACCACUGCCGUUCAUUGAACGUCUUGUUCAUUGGUCAGAACAAGAUAGAAGAGCUGCCGUCCGACCUAGGCAAUCUCACUCACCUCUACCAACUUGACGUGUCAGAGCUUGACUUGAAGAACAUGCAUGCUGCUGUGCUGGACCGAGGAAACAAGGCCAUCAUCAGCUACCUUCGGGCGAUCAAGACAAACUCUGUGGAACAUCGCCGUCUGAAACUGAUGAUUGUUGGCCGCCAUGGCCAGGGAAAGACAACACUGGUCAAGGCACUCCAGCAUGGUCCCGGACGUAGUAAACAGAAGCAGCUGUCAACUGUCGGUGUCAGUGUGCAAUGCUGGUGCUCAGUGACGCGGAGUACAAAGCCUUUUCAAAAGGCUCCCGACCCAAUCAACUUCUGCGUAUGGGAUUUCGGUGGCCAGGAGGAGUACUAUGCAACGCAUCAAUGCUUUCUCUCACGACGCGCUCUCUACAUCGCCGUUUGGAACAUGGAAACCGGACUGUCCGGUAUCUGCGAGCUGCAGCCUUGGCUGGUCAACAUCCAGGCUCGUGCACCUGGGUCAACCGUGAUCAUUGUCGGCACACACUUGGACAAGGUUCAGCAAAGCAUGACGCAUGCACAGGUGCAGGAGCUUAAAGAUGAAGUGCGCCGUCGCUAUGUGGUGGACCGAUCAGGUCUUCCUCGACCCGGCCUGCCCAAUGUGGUGGAGGCCAUGGAGCUCAGUAACCUGAAGACAAGCUCCGUCAGAGAGCUACGGGACUUGGUCUACAACGUGGCCUCCGAGAUUAGAGCGCAGAGCCCAGGUCCUGGUGCUGCGAGGAGAGAAUCAGUGCGCAUGAUUGAUCAAAUGAUACCAGAGUCCUACAGUGUUCUAGAAAAGGCUGUUCGUGAAGCAUCGACGGCGUUCGCCCGUGAUGGCAAAGUUCCUGUUCUGACGACUGCUGACUACAUCUCAACAAUGAUCCAGUACAGCAGCACACCGGACAAACUUCCACGCGACGAUGAGAUCAACGACGCCACAAGCUUCUUACAUGACUAUGGUGUUCUUCUUCAUUAUGAGGAGCCAGCCCUGCAGGAUCUAUACUUCAUCAACCCACAGUGGCUAUGUCAAACUUUGUCUCGUGUCAUCGCCGUCAAGGAAGUGAAUAGCUUUGCUAAGAAAGGUGUGAUGAAUGUAUCAGACUUACAGUUCCUGCUCAAGUUCGAGGCCACUCAGUUUCCAACCAAGAUUUUUGAUCAGUGCGUAAACCUGAUGGAGAGGUUUGAAAUCGCGCUGCGCAUCUCCCGCACCAUCCUUCUCAUCCCCAGUAUGCUGCCACAGCGCUAUGAGGAAGGCCAGCGCACUGUGGACUUUGGUGGACAUCGCAUGCCUGGCAAUCGGGAAACCGAUGAUGGCGUUUCUCAAUCCUUCAAUGCCUCGUUUAGUCAAAGCUAUUCUGGGCAGCGGCAAGUUAUUGCUUCGACAUUUCACAAGUUGACACGAGCCACUCGCCUCCGACUGGAGACUUUCCGACAAGAGCAACUGAGUCAAGCGUCGCCAUCUGAGCUUCUGUCACCGAGGGUCGACAUGCCAAAGUCUAUUGCUGAAUGUGACUUCAACCCUGGUGAGGAUUUCUGUCGACUGUAUGUCACUCCGUACAUACCAAGCGGGUUCUGGCCACGCUUGAUCAGUCGCAUCCUGUCCGACAAGAUGAUGAACGAAGUCAUCGUCCAAGAGCUGCCAACGUUUCUGAAGGCACCUGGCCUGCGCGCUAACGACCUGCUCGACUGGAUUUGCUGGCGCAGCGGGAUCGAGCUGCACCUGGCCUGGUGUCCCGUUCUGCGAGUGUGCAGGCUGAACGACACAAUGACCUGUGCAGCCAAGUGUGAAGGUCGUGUAUUCUGCUCUGGAAACUGGCAUCCUCUUGGACCAAUAGGACACAGUGGGGUGGAGGUCUUCAUCAAUGUACAUGCUAUACGAGAAGUGCUGGAGAUACUUCACGCAGACGCUGAGCCUGUACUGCCAAGAUGCUCUACCACUUUAACGCAGAGUGCACGGGUCUCGGUUGGACGGCGCUUUCUGGAUAAUGUUCACCAGCAGUUUUUGGGCCUGAAAGCGGAAAGUCAGAAGGUUAAGAAGGGCCGUCUCACCCACUCCAGGUCGGUGGCAAAGGAGUCCAAGCAGCUCUCGAGUCUGCGAGAGCGUCGCUCACGACUUGCCAUGAUGGUUGCAGAAUCCCUGGACUACGUCUCAUCCCAGUCUGAACCGUCAGCACCCAUGGACAGUACCAGCCGACCACCAUCGACAACAGAGGAGAUCGAUCCGAUGGAGUCGUUGAGAGAUCUGCCGCAGCUUGCUGAGAAAGCUGUAGAGGCCACCAAAGACACGGCCGAAACUAAGGAGCGCUCUGAAACACCCAGGCAGCGUGGCACUCAGUUGGCAGUGUGGCUGUUAGCUCGUGUUGUAUCCCACAUUGAUGCUCUACUGUACAAAUGGUUCAAUGGCUUGCACAGUAAUGAAGGCUACUCCGCCAACAAGACCCGUCCGACCAUCAUCCGUGUGUCUCCGUGCCCUCGCUGUAUGGUGGAAAUGCGCAAGAGGAUGUCCUGUGAGACGGUGGACGUGGACGCCGAGGCCAUGCCUGAGGCAGUGUAUGAUAUGGCUAACAGCUUGGCUCGUCGCAUCUUCAAGGCCGCCACCAAUCCAUCCCCGAAUCAUUCGAGUCUGCGUCGUGGCAACCCUGUCCGCCUGCACUCUGCGCAUGACGAGGACGACGGCGACGCACCGGACGAGACAGCUCUGCGCGUGUUCUCCCUCUACUCCCUGGCGGCUAAAGCCGACGCUGACAUUGACGUCAGCAAGUGUGAGAUGGAGUGUGAGCGGCAUGGCAGUCUGAGUACACUGCGCCUAGCACCUGAUCUGUUCUUCGCUGAUCUACCUGCGGACAAGAUUGUCACGACUGCCGACUACGUCCAAUGUACCUCGCUUGACAGGGGAGGAUUCGGAGAGGUUUUCAAUGGGAGACUAUUCAAGACUAAGACGGGACAUCCCCACCCAGUGGCCAUCAAGAAUUUUGAGCUGUCGAAGGAUGAUGAUGCUGAUGACGAUAUGGCCGACGCUGGAGGAGAAAUGAAUCGGGCCCGUAGAGCUUUGCACCUAUACACUACAGCUAGAGCUGAGAUUGGUAUCCUUGCCAACCUUAACCAUGAUAACAUUGUGAAGCUUCUUGGCGUCAACCGGAAGCCCCUACGCAUGAUCAUGGCAAGAGCACCAGCAGGCAACCUGAAGAAUUGGCUGGGAAAGUAUCGGAGCCAGUCAAUAAAACUUCCAUCGGAUGUGCUGCUUGCUUGCCUAACUCAGAUGGCAUCAGCAUUGGAGUACCUGCAUGACAAGCAGAUCAUCUACCGUGACCUGAAGCCUGGCAACACACUCGUGUGGAGCUUCCCGGCACCGACGCCAAUCGGUUCUCCAGAAGAUAAGACGCCGGUGUUGAUACGUCUUGCUGACUACGGUAUCAGUCAGUUCUGCUCACCGUCUGGCAUCAAGGGACUGAAGGAUGGAACGCGUGUUUACAUGGCCCCUGAAGUUGUUCAGUAUGGUGGCAAGGAGACGUUCAAUGAAAAGAUUGAUGUGUAUGCAUACGGCGCUAACAUGUACGAGCUUCUUGCUCUGUCCCCGCCAUAUGCUAACGAGUGUAUGCUGAGCAUCACAGAACAAAUAAAAAGAGGCUACCUGGUGUUGCCCAGAAAGCAUCGUCGGCGCUUUCUUCAAGUCCACCAGCUGAUGCGCUGGUGUAUCCGCCUUGAUCCACAGCAGAGGCCCAGCUUCAAGCAAGUCUCCACCGUGUUGAACUCGCCCGGCUUCUUACGUCUUGUGGACAAGGUUCGAAUAACUGAUACCAGCACGGUAACGGCUGGCGCUGGUAGAAUGCCCUGCCCCGUCUCCAUUGGUGUUGGUGGGAGAAUGGACAGCAUCGCAGACACCUCCUCUGCACAAGGCGCUAGCGUAUCUGCAACAUUCAUGCGAGCCAGCCUGGUACGCAAUGCGAGUGAUGAUUGCCUUUUAUCCAUGUCGAAUGAUGUAGCGCAGCAAGGCUGUAUGUCCACUGUAUGGCUGGGUGAUGGCAGUGGCACUGUCAGUAUGGUAGAUUAUCGCCGUGGAAAAACUCCCAGGCCAUCAUCAGUGAAGGUUUGCAACUCCCACGUAACGGGCCUUCUGUCCAUCGACAAUCACGUGUGGGUAGCGUCAGAGCAUGACGGCCUGUUUGUGUAUGACUGUGCUCUUAGCCAGUGUCACCAGAAGUGGACUGGUGCAGGUCUGGGUGUAGCCAUUGGAAACUACGUUGAGGAGCGCAGGAUGAGUGCCAGCCUAGCACCAAAAGAUGAAGCCACAGCGGAAGAUGCAGGUCAUAGCGAAAGAGUCGGUUCUAUUGAUCUGAACAUAGCUAGUGAGGCCACUGGUCAGCGCAAUAUGAGGUUCCGCACUGUAUCCAUCUUAGCCAUUCAAAGCUGUAACCUUGUACUGGUGGUGUAUGGUGAGGGAAGCCUUGCCGUGUUUGGCAGCAAUGUCGCUGACAACGGCGCUGGUGAAUUUGUGCCCCGGAGAAACCACAAGUGUGGUAAAGGGAGAGAAGUGAGUAGUAUGGCACUGAUACGGCCGCAGCCUGGUGUUGAGGAGGUCUGGUUAGGGCUACAGUCCGGUGAUAUUUUGGUUGUGAGUACAUCUCAGCUGCUGAGCGAGGAGCUGCUUCUCAACAUUGACCCAAGCCGAGUCAUUGACGUUCUUGGCGAAUGCCCCGAGUACAAGCUGAAGCGCAGAAUUCGUUUGCUGACUUCUAUUUCAACAUCAAGAGCAUCGGCAAACUCCAACUUCCCUUCACCGGGAAGUUCGGAGAGUUCGGACAGCGCAGAUGCUUUUGAGAUUGUAACCGACAGCGAGGUGUGGGUAGCCAUGGACAGAAUGUCCAUUGCAAGCUGCUGGAGUACGUCCACGCGUCAGCUGGUGAAACCGUCAGGCAUUCUAGACUGUCAGCAGGAGAACAUAAUUGCACGGCUACCCGGAUGCUCGCAUCUACAGCAUGAACGUGAGACUCGUGUCACCGCCAUCCUUCCCCUCAGCGACAAAGUGAUCCUGGGCACGGGCGGAGGUCAUAUUGUUGUGGCCUCCCUCGACCCACUGGCGCCACUGACAGUGUUUGCGGCCUACACUGGUUCCGUGAUGUGCCUGUUGCCGUUCUCCUUCCCUGUCAGCAAACGCAAGAGAGCAAGGUCAAUCCGCCGUGGCAGUGCUGGUUUCCGAAUCACGUCGUCAUCAGCCCCUGCCAAUGACCUGGAAGGAUGUGAGUUGGUUCUAAGCUGUGGCCAGGCAUACCGUGGUCUGUACACUGGGCCAGGGCCAGCUGAAGAGAAUGCUGCCAGUGUGUGCACUGGAGCUGCCGAGCAGAUUACAGAGGGUCACCUCUUGAUGUGGCUCGUUGAUGAUUUGCAGCCAAGCGAAAAUGCUGGCACAUAGGGUCAGAGUUAGCUUACUGACAAGUCCUGUACCAAUCACUGUGGCUAUAGAAUAAUCAAGUUGAUUGUUUUCCAUGACUUCCCUCUUGCAAAGUAAUAAUUUUAAUUUUUAAGCAUGCAACAUCAUACUUCCUUUUUAAAAGUAAAUUAUCCCUCGCGCUCUAUGUAUAUUGUUGUAACCACCCCCACCCCCACCCUCUACCUCUAUUGUUGGACCUCGCUCUGCAGUUUCACUAGCAUGCAAUUAUUGUUUGGCCUGCACCUUCUCUGUGCAGUGCAUUGGCGCGGCAUUGAUGGCUGCCCCCUCCCCCCCCAGCAAGGCAAGGCUAACGUUAGUUUGUCGGAACAGUGUAGACUGUACCAACAGCAAAAAAGGCCUCUUUUACGGGCAAACAGAAUACAAUUGACAGUGGCAUGGCGAAUGAUUAGAACACAACACCAAAAAAUGAAAACAAUUGUAUGUGUGAAAAAACGCAAAAACGAGAAACAAAAAAACAAAAAACAAAAAAACACCAAAAACAAACAAAAAACAAACAAAAAACAAAAACCAGGAAAAUACAAGGGCACGUUAGUUUGUCACUACUCUGAGUUUCAUGGUUCAUUCUUUGUUGUGGCAAUGUGCUCUGCUAUUGCUAUUUUGAAUUAUUUUGAUCCUGAGUUAGAUAUGAAGUAAUGUCCUUUUGACGAAUAUUAUGACAAUCGGGUGCAAUGAAUAUAACUAAAUGCGCACUCA